GAUCGUGAAAGGAAAAUAACAACAAAUGUAUAAAAAUAAAUAUACCGACAGGGGGGAAAACUUGAUCGCGAGAAUGAGCGCAGAAAAAUGACCAUCUUAUUUCUGACCAAGUUCGAGACGGAACAGCUCGUACGGCAAACAUUCAAUCAUUCGCUUACCGUUUGCGUAGUGCAGUGCGGUGAAAAAACGAACGCUUUGUGUGGUUUUCCCAGUUCGUUGUGUACUCCGGAAAAUUGAUCCUUCCGUAGUGUUGUGUUGAUGUGAAUCGUGAUCAAUUUCUGCAAAGAAGCCACUACUUGUGUAUUAUAGCUGGUUGCUUAACAAAGUAGCACAACUGUGAAGAGUUAUUUUUCCCCUUUUCCGUGUGUAUAAAACACUUCGAAAGUGUCGGGGCAAAGCAGUGCUGGUGCCGCGGGCCGCAAGCGGCGAACGCGGUCCAUAAACCGUGAAGGGACGGUCAAGAUGACCAAAGAAUCGGAAGAUUUGGAGCGGGAGAAAGAAUCCCUACGCGAACGUACCAUGCUAAGGGUUUACUACGCCGCGAAGGAGGGCUUCUGCACGCAACUGUUGGCUUUGCUGGGCGAGAUAAAGGAUGCUGAAGAACGUCGUGCAAUUGUAAAUCAGGAAUUCUUUGAAGAUGAGCAUCAAAUCUUUACACCACUGAUCGUAGCAACGCUUAACGGUCACCUGGAGGUGGUGCACAUUCUUCUGGAGCUGGCCGACCCGGAUAUGGAAAAGGAGGGCUGUGUAAAGGUACACGGUGAGCUAACGGACGGUGCCACUGCGCUCUGGGUAGCGGCUGCUGUUGGCCGGCUUAACAUCGUCAAGAUGUUGCUCCAGCACGGUGCGCAGGUAGAUCACUGUACGAAGAAGGGUUCGACACCUUUGCGGGCUGCCUGUUACGAAGGCCGACUGGAUGCGGUGCAAUAUUUGGUCGAUCACAAUGCGAACGUUUGUACGGUGAACAUGUUUAACAAUACCUGUGUCAUGAUCGCUGCCUAUAAGAACUACACCGAUGUGUUGAUUUACUUGCUGGAGAAGGGUGCGCAGGUGAACGAACAGGCACAGUGUGGUGCAUCGGCACUAUACUAUGCGGCUGAAUGUGGCCACGUGGAGGUGUGUGAGAUAUUGCUGGAUCAUGGCGCACUGUUGAUGAGGAAUGCGUUCGGACUCACGCCGGCCCUUGCGGCUGCUGAGAGGACACGGGAGGCCGUGGUGGAGCUGUUUCUUCAGCGACCCGGUCUACUCACCAAGGAGGAACGCAUCGAGGUGAUGGAAUUGGUCGGAGCAUCGUACGCGAACGACAAGGAUAAUUAUAACUUGAUGAAGGCCUUUCACUAUCUUCAUGCGGCAAUGGAAUUAAGAUACGAAGAUCCGGAAAACAUUAUUAGAAAACCAACCUUUGAACCAAUCGCAGCAUAUGAGCACUGGCUCGAGUGUCAGACGCUGCAGGACCUGCUCGCGAUCCGUUACAAUCACAACUCGUUGCACAUGGAGUCACUCACCAUUCGGGAGCGCAUUCUCGGCAAUCAUUGCCCGGAGGUAGCACAAGCGAUCAUCUACCGCGGUGCAAUCUGUGCCGACAAUGGACGGUUCGAUCGGUGCGAAAGCCUUUGGCUGCAUGCGCUGCGCCUUCGGCAGCAGAACGGUCUACAGGUGCAGCGUGAUCUGCUUCGGUUCAUGAAACUUUUCUCGCAAGAAUUUUUGAUCAACGAAACGUUACGGUUCGAUAGUGUGAUCGCUGUACUGGGUGCUACGAUCGAUGAGCUGCGGUACAAUCAGCAGAAGAUGGCAAAUCCUGGCCCGCGGGACGAUGUGGAAACCAUUGCGGAUAAUUACGAGAUGAACAUUGUGACGGUACUGUACCUGAUCACGAUCAUUACCAAGCUGCUGCAGAGAGAGCAGUUCGUGCGGACGGAAGAGCAGGUGUUGCAGGUGUAUCAGAUGGUGUACCAGCUGAACAUGAUGAUGGUGCGACUGCGUGACGACCAAACGUUGCUACAUCUGGCUGUGAACGGUGUAACACCGGUAGAUGAAUUCGUUACUGAGGAAGUUUGCAGAUUUCCCUGUGUUGAAACGGUUAAGCUACUUCUCAAAUGUGGUGCACCUGUAGAUGUGGUCGACGGUGAUCGAAACACGCCUUUACACACGCUUACUUCUACCCUACAAACGACUGUGCUACGAAUGGCGGACAGUAACGUGAAAUCGGUGGUAAAGGAAAUAACGGAAAUUUUCAUUGAAGCCGGUAUUCAUCUGGAUGCGGUUAAUGCCGACGGUUUGAAAGCUUCACAAGUGUGUGUUCAAAGUUGUGUAGCAGCGUUUAUCAAAAGCUACGAAACACGUGCCAUUAAUCUGCGCUGCCUUGCCGCUCGAGCGAUCGCUCUGCAUCGUAUCCCGUACCGGAAGCUAAUACCACGUCACCUAGAAGCGUUUGUGCAGCUGCACUGCACGCGUAAGAGCUAGGAACAGCGGCUCUACAGCGGCAGCCGUGUACUGCAAAGCUUUAACUGUCCUUUUUAUCCGAGCCAAGGAGGGAGAUGCGCUCGAAGGGGCACACUAAGCGACAGCGGAAAGUGAUAUAAUCAAAAUGUACCGCCCCCUCUUAUAUUUGUGGUGCUCCGUGUAACGACAAACAAUUGUAUUGAAUUUGGAAAAGUUUAAUAAAACUAACAAAAUAAAGACUUGUA